AUGAUAUACUGCACUCUUUGCGGAAUUCAUAUUACUGAACAGCCUGGCGAAACCUGGCUCCAGGAGUUUCGAGCAAUCUGGGUUGAGAGCGAUCUAUUGAACAAUGUCGCUGUUUCUGGUGUCGGCCGAUGGGGCAACAGCGUCGAUGACUUUUCUGGAACCGUUCCAGUUGAUCCAAAGAAGUGCUAUGACGAUGAUGCUGGGCCAGGCACUACUAUCGAUGUGGCUUUGACACCCAAUAAACCAACCAUGUUCAUACGUUCACUGGACGAAGAUGUCUUGGCUUGGGGCUACGGCUUUCACGCUUCUUGCUGGAUUAUUUUCACAAAGUAUUCCACCCCGAACUUGGGCCACUUGUUUGCGGCAUGUUUAUCUAUGCCAACUGGUCAAGAGGCCUUCCUGAACUGGGGACAUGACUAUGGAGGAGCAAGCAUACUGGAAAAACCGUUCAAGGUACCGACGCGAGAUACUCGCUUCCCUGACCCACGAACGAUACCCAAUCUCUUUCGAUCAGAUCCGUUUCACAUCCCCGCGCUAGACCGUGCAAUCCAAAAAACUACUCGUCUGCAGAACGACGUAUUCCUGAGUCGUAUCAACUUCAAUGCCGAGACUCUUACCAAAGACCCCUUCUUCCGCUUGUUUCCAGAUAUUUUGCAGUUAAUCACCGUGUUACUACCAACCUCGGAAAUUCACGCAGUACGGCUUGCGUCCCCAGUCUUCGCCUCCCUUAAAUUAUCCGAAAGCUUCUGGGCCUCACGGUUCCAACCAGGUCACGAGUUCGAGUACAUACCCGAGAUUAUAGACAAUCCGCCUGAAUCAUGGAGAGCCUUCUACUUAUCACUCCAAAUCUGGGCCUUGAAUGACCCUAGUAUGGCUAAUCGCAAGCGAAUUUGGGGCCUUACGAAAACAUUACAUGGCUUACUGUCUCAGAUGGAGGAUGCACCUUGCCAAGGAAGGCCCCUACAAACUUGGUUUGAGACUUCUGCGGAUCCGGAUGAUACUUCAGCUUGCUGGCACACAGCGGCAUGCGCCAGCGCGCAGCCGAAUGGUUCAUUUGUCAACGGCAAUCGAGGUUUACGAGCUCGCACCCUGCGCUUCUCGCAAACACUCAAGGUACAACGGAUGUCUGUCUCGUUUGUGAAUCUACCUGAAGGGGUGUUCGUUUCUGGCCUGGUCCUGAUUGAUCAUAACCAUGAGCGCCAUGCUAUUGGGUACAUACAUGAGAGUAAUAUGGUUGACAUUCAUCUUCCCGUUGCACAAUAUGUCCAAGGCUGGGAGCUUGCCUUGCAUACAUCUGGUGUUAAAGCAAUGGCCCUCAUCUAUGAGGGUGGAGUACUAUCUAGCUGGGCGGGCGAGCCAGCUGGUAUUCCACGAUGGCGCUUAGCUGGACCCCCCAGCCUUUCCGCAAUUAAAGCCGAGUUUGAUGCCAUGAAACUGGUCAAACUUAGCCGAGAAGGCUCACUGGAUGAGCUCACCUGGCUCAAUAACUGCCUCUGGUAUCCUCAAGUUCCACCGAAAGGACUUCUAUACGAUUGGACCAAGGGUGAUAAGCCACCAAGCGAGUUCAAACUCCCAAUGACAAGCGUCUUCUUUGGUGAAGCUGAUGACAUGUAUUCGUCAAUUCUCACUGAGAUUGUUAUUUGGGUUUUCGAUGUCUGCUAUAUCGCAGGUAUAGAAUUCCGCUUUACCGAUGCCUCCUAUAACCGGCAUCUUGGAAACAUUGGCCCAUUUGACCAAGACUUCCCGGGACGACGAAACUUCUCGGACUCAAAUGAUUCCACAAUCCUCAGUAUGACUCCGAUUAGGACAUCCAAACGAGUUCGUUUCAUGGAUCAAUAUGACCUACAAAAGAGCAAGGCCUCUCUUAUUCAUACAAGUAAACCAGGUGGCACCACAAUUUUCACGAAAAAGGAUGAAGAAUGCCGUUUCAUUACGGGCGCUCUCUCUCGAUUUCUCAAACCGCUUGAGAUACCCCCCAACACCCAUCUCAUUCAGCAUUGUCCUCGGAGCGAAGGGGGUAUCUACACCAUCCGCUCCGUCGAGCCUAUUCUGCCCAACACAAAGUAUAAUAUCACCGUGCGCGUCACUAUACACCAUGACAUGGGAUGGGUGGAGGUAAUCCUUUCCAUGGCGGGAGGGUUGUUUGAUUGGAUCUCACUUCCCCCCGUGCAAUGGGCUGAAGUGCCGAACAUGGAACUUGCCUUGAACAAUGGUAUGAAGGUGUGUGUUAAGAUUGAAGACUCUAUCCAUGGACGGUUGUUGGCAUCUUAUCUCAAGAAGCUGGGCUUAUUUGAGUUGCAAGCGAAGGGAACAACUGAGUUGUGA